GAAUGACUCAUCUGUCAACGUGUGACAUCGACAUCACCAGAAUUUGUUAAAUAAAAAACCCAACCUAAACAUGGCGUCAGACGGAGACGAUGUUAUUAGUGAUCAAGAAAAAGUGAAAAUAGUUUCAGAUUUCAUUCUCCAUUCACCACCAGGUGAAUUUAAUGAAGUAUUUAAUGAUGUGCGAAAACUUUUAAAUAACGACGACCUUCUGAAAGAAGGUGCUAGUGGAGUUUUCGCCCUAUAUAAUAAAGAUCAAUUGACCCCCGUUAGAAUAGAAAACUCCGAUAGUUUGGUGCUCAUUACUGAAUACAACGAUUUAGGGAAUAACAGAUUCUUUGACCCUAGAAGUAAGCAAAGUUUUAAAUAUGAUCAUUUGAGAAAAGAAGCUUUAGAUUAUCAACCAUACACACCCGAUAGUACUUCCGAGCCUUGGAGAGCAGCCUUAGACACAGAAUUUAUUCAAUAUACUAGGAACCAUUACAAGGAUGGAGUAUGUAGUGUUGUAGGCCUAAACCAGGGUGGAGUUAUUACUCUAACAGCUUGUAUUGAAGAUCAUCAAUUUCAACCCAAAAAUUUUUGGAAUGGAAGAUGGAGGUCUCAAUGGUCCAUUAGCUUAACUGAUGAUGCCACAGCAGAAGUACGAGGAGUACUUAAAGUGCAAGUUCACUAUUAUGAAGAGGGUAAUGUCCAACUAGUAAGUACCAAGGAAAUUAAAGAAAGCGUCCCUGUUUCAACUGAAGCACAAACUGCUAAAGAGAUCAUACAAGUUAUAGAAGCCGCAGAAAAUCUUUAUCAAACAGCAAUUUCUGAAAACUACCAAACCAUGUCAGAUACCACUUUCAAAGCACUAAGAAGACUACUGCCUGUUACCAGGACAAAGAUCGAUUGGAACAAAAUUGUAUCUUAUAGCAUUGGGAAGGAACUGAAAACCCAAUGAUUAGUGACUGAGUUUUAAUUAAAAGAAUGGCCGUUCUGAUGAAUAUCAAGUGUGUAUUAUUGUGGUUCUAUAAAAUUCUUUGUACAAAAUGUAUACAUAAAUUACGUGCAAUGCUCUUGAGUUCCGAGAGAGAAAAACACAUUUCUAUACAAAUUAUUAGUAUUUGAAGUAUAUAAGUUUUAAAUUUAUUUUUCUUCAAUAAAAAUAUUUUAGUUACACAUGGGAAUUUCAGAAGGUACCGUAAACUUGAGCUAUUUAGGCACAUUUUCGAAACUUCUUUUCAAAUAAGUCAAAAAGUGAUUCAUAGAAUAUCGUGAAAAAAAUUAGUUGGACAUGACUAAAGGGCAUCAUCUGAAACAAAAAAAAGUAAAAUGUAGCUUUUGAGAAAAAGAAAUUAUUGAUUAGGUGCCCAAGUUUAUAAGUAUAAAUUUUCAUUUAUAAUGAUAAAAAACUCUAUAAAGUAAAUGAAUUUUUCUUUAAAACAGCGAACUAAGGCUAAACUAUAAAAAAACCUAAACAUCAUCCAGUUCAAAGUCUUUAUUUGCAUCAGUAUCAUCAAAUACUUCACGUUGAUCACUAUCCGAAUCUUUAAAUCACUCACACGUAAAGUAGGGAUCUUUGCUGUUGUGAUUACAGAAACCACAUAUCCAUUGUCGACAUUUUAUGCACAUUAUCCAAUUCAUUAUGUGACUCUUCCAAUCUUUCCAAUUAAUGCCACAACUUCCGUUUUUCUACUGGCAACACGUUUUUUUAGAGCAGAUAGAAUUAAGCCUGAAAUAGAUGAAACUUGUGACAUCGACACAGGUUUGUCCAGAGUUCACCAGAGUUUUCACUGAAAGAAGUUGGUGAAUCUUUUGGUUCAAAAGUUGGGGAAUCUCUUGGUUUAGGAGUUGGUGUAUCUAGGGCUAAAUUUUUACUUAAUUGGAUUUUUUUACCUAAAUUUCUCUUUUGACGCUUGAAGCCUAUUCCUUGGUGCUCUCUGAGAAAAUCAAUGAGAGAGAAAUCUAGGUUUCUACCAAUAGCUUUGGUGUCUCUUGAAAGACCAUCGGGAAUUAUCUUAAACACUUAAGUAGGAUCAGAAGGGUAUAAAUCAGUUGCUUUGAACCAGAUAUUAAGUUUGAUCCUAAAUUCACAGACACUGCUCCAUAAUUUGGAAAGCAACACUGGGAACUGUUUUUUUUAAAGGUUUCUGUGAUACCAACUUUCCUUUCUCCAGAUGUACAAAAUUUCCCCCAACUUGGCUACAUCAAGUGGGUAGUGUUGGCCGAAAAAGGAGUCAUAUAUAAAUGAUUUUCACUGCAAAAUUGGAUUUUAUCGGGAAAAGAAUGGUUUGCUUAGUUUCUCCCACGACAACAGUUGUUGAAUCUGAUGUAUUAGUUGAGGUGAUAUGUGGAAGCAGGAUUUUGAAAUAUCACAUUUCAAACAAAUUCAUGUCAAACCGGCCGCUGGGACUGUUGGCAUAUUUAGUACCUAAAAGGCCUCCUUCAGUCCAAUUUUUAAACAUAUUAGAGGCUUUACAUCGGGAGAAGCAAAUCACCCCUGGGAUUAUCACAAACCAUAAUACUAAUAGUGGUAUGGGAAUUACUCUUAACCCUUUCGACCCUCUUUGUACUGCGUGGAACAACAACUUUUUUAUAAAUGUCUACUUCAGCAAGUGCGUCUUGAAUAUUGUUGAAAAAUGUUACAAUAUCAUCCUUAUCAACGGAAGUUUUAGGUCUUUUGUUAUUGGCAGCCAUUCUUGACAUGAAACUAUCAAGAAAAUCAUCCCCUGGGAUGUUUUUUUUUAAUAAUUCAACAAUUUUUCCUUGUUUUUUAACGUAUUUUCUUAUUAGCAUCCUUGCAUUGUAUCUAGUUAAUGGAAAUAUCUAAUUGGCAACAAUUCCAAGAGUAUCCGUAAUGGUAGCCUCUUCCUCGUUUGACAGAACUCUUGGGUGACCAACUGGGUUCAAAUUUCUUUCGAGGAGCUUCCACUGUAGAGUUGCCUGGGGGACCUUAUUUUUGGGUCAUGCCGGCCUUAACGACCUCUACUAUAUUUUGAAGGUUUUUGUUGGGGUUUGUUCGUAUGUCCGCACCAUUUUGAGUCAAUUUUUACCUGUAACAAACGAGAAACAAAAAUACAGUGGUGCCCAAGUAACCUCGGUUUACGGUAUAUAAAAAUAUAAGAAAAA